UAUGGUAGCGACAAAACACUUCUCCUGUCACAAGUCCUUGCUUUUGCUACAGAGCAAUUGUUCUCGAACCAAGCUCACGUCCGCUUACCCGACCAUGGCUCAAACACUCAAAGCUUUCGGAUCCCCUAAUGGACCUGCUAGAUAUCGGAAAAGGUGGACGCGAGGAACAUGACUUUUCUCCUUAUUUUGUACAAUAUGUUUUCGGCGGGUCAUGGGAUCUUGAAUUAGCUCUCCGGCUGCCGUUGUAUCCACAUGAAGUUGACCUGGACGACCAGACAUUGCACUUGACCAGCAUCCUGGGUGAUGUUGAUAUAUUAGAGAGGAUUGGCAAUGAGAAAUUUGAGAGACAAAGACACGCCUAUCUCGCCUCAGCGCUAGAGCUAGAGCCCGUGGAAAUCAGCGCGACGAAAGCUGCUUUCAAAGCGCUCAUAAUGCUUAUUGAGACUUCAGCGGCGGCCGAGUUCUUCUCAUUGCGGUGCACAGGCAUGAUAUUUGGCUUGAGGACCGAUCCAGACGGUACGACCGUGCUUAAAGGAGUUAUCAAGGUUGAGAAGCUACGGGAAAGGCCUCUCGUAUGGACCGAGCACUACUCUGGCCAACUCAAGGGGGUCCAGCUACACAGAGUGAUGGGCUCUGCUCAAAAUCCCCCCAAGCAUCGUACCGUGCUGCGAUUUGAUCAAUCUGAUUCCGGUAUUUCUGCAGCAUUGGUUCUAUUUGGACUACCGCAGCACCUACCAACUCGAGUCGAGUGCAUGAAGCGGCUAGGGGUACACAUAGUGGUGCCGAGAGAAAGAACGCCAGCACAAUGAUAGAAAGUCAUGGUUGGGUGGCAUCAGUACAGCUUCACUUUGCCCACACCCAGCUCGCCGAUACUCAACCAAACUGACGGUUGACCUCGAUGCGUUUAACGCCUGGCUCGAGGCAUAUUGAAUUUCGAUUUUCUAGCCAUUGGAUGCAUCACCGUGGCUUACAAUAGGGAGGGGGAAGUUUCUUCAUGAGCAAAGCUGGCCCGAACUGGGAA